AUGGAGCAACAGCAGCAGCAACAUGCUCCAGGAGGACAUUACUCGGGACACAACCCAAUCCCUACUGUCAAGCAGUUCGUGGAGAACUUGGACAAGGACAAGGCGGCCCGAGAUAGGAAGUUAGACGAACAAGCCAAACAACAAAAUCUGCAACAGUCGCAACCACACAAGCAGCAGGAAAGACAAGUAAAGGGCACAGAGAAGACAGUCACAGACCCUACAACCGGUAGGGAAGUUACCAUUGCCGAUGUCAGCAAAGACAUGAUAGACGAGGUCGAGAACCCGCAUUUGGUUGUGCCCAAUGCGAAUCUGAACAAGUCAACACCCAUAAAGACCGACCCCUCCCAGUCGCUCGAAGAUUACAAAUACAAUCAAGAUGUCACAGCACCACCAGAUCCAGUCGCCGAAGGCACCACGACCGACGUACCUAUCCAUGGCGAGAAGACGAACGUUCUCUUCCAUCCCACACCCUCAGUCAGCUAUGAGCCCAUGUUUGCCGCCCUUGAGACGCGCGCCAACUACUUAUGCGCGGGAAUACUCAUCGGAACGGUUGUCGUUGGCAAGAUGUUUGGCGGUGCGCUCAAGGGCCUUAUACCGCUUGGCAUGUGCCUGGCGUCUGGUGUAUAUCUCUGGAUGAAGGAGGUUGUGCGUAGCGGAAGGGAAGUCGAAUGGGACAGUGAGCAAGUCCGCGGCCAGAUGGCCUCUUUGAAUUUGUUGCCCGAGUCCGUCGAGUGGAUGAACACACUGCUUGCCAUUGUAUGGGGCCUCAUCAACCCCGACAUGUUCUCGGGUGUCGCCGACAUGCUUGAGGAUGUUAUGCAGGCUUCCGUACCUGGUGUCAUUGAAAACGUCCGCGUGGCCGAAAUCAACCAGGGAAGCAACCCGUUACGCAUCCUCAGCUUGCGAGCACUUCCCGACUCCCACAUGGGCGACAUGAAGAAAUCAAUCCACGAAGAGAACAAGAAGACAAAAGAUCCUCAAGAAGCAGCAGCAGAUGAAGAGGGCGGCGACUACUACAACUUGGAAGUCUCUUUCGCAUACCACGCCAGUCCCAGCGGAAAGCGGGUAUCCGAGAGAGCAAGGAACAUGCACAUGCAACUGGUAUUCUACUUGGGGAUUAAGGGUCUCUUCGGUGUUCCGCUGCCCAUCUUCGUCGAACUGCAAGGCCUCGUCGGCACAGUCCGCUUGCGAUUGAACAUGACCCCCGAACCUCCCUUCCUCAAAACCUUAACUUUCACCUUGAUGGGCGCGCCGCAGGUAACUGCUGGGUGCACGCCUAUGGUAGAAAAGGGCGUAAACAUCCUCAACCUCCCCCUGAUCAGCAACUUCGUCAACUAUGCCAUUAAAGCAGCGGCUAGCAUGUAUGUCGCGCCAAAAUCCAUGUCUAUUGACAUGCGAGCCAUUCUUCAAGGCGACUCUGUUCAGAAAGAUACCGAAGCCCUGGGUGUACUUUGGAUUCGUAUUCACCGUGCUGUCGGCCUGAGCAAACAAGAUCGACGUGGAUCAAAGCAUGGUGGCAGCGACCCUUACAUCACGAUCGCGUUCUCGAAAUACGGCAAGCCCAUGUACUGUACCCGAGUCAUUACUGACGACCUGAACCCGAUCUGGGAAGAGACGGCAGCUGUUCUCGUUGGUCCAGAACUGAUCAAGGCCAACGAGAACUUGAGCGUAGAACUCUGGGACUCUGACCGGCACACCGCCGAUGACAUUGUUGGAAAGGUCGAGAUUUCCAUGCAGAAGAUGAUCCAGCACCCAGGCAAAAUGUACCCACAGACUUCGAAGCUGGCCGGUAUGGACGCUGACAGUGAGAUGCCCGGAGAACUCCACUGGGAAGUCGGUUAUUUCACCAAGCCAAAGUUCAGGAAGGAGAUGCGAACAGACGGCAAGAACAAAUCUCUUCCAGACGAGUUGAAGGACAAGCCUGAAUUACAAGAUGACAAGGGUGUCAUCAACUCUGACGAGGAUGAUGCCGUCAUGCACACUCCACCGGACCCUCUCUGGCCUAGCGGUAUCUGCAGUGUGAUUUGUCACCAGAUUGUGAAUUUAGAGCUUGAGAACGUAAAGGGCAGUACCAACCCCAAGGGACGCGAAUACGAGCCUGCGAAGCCUUACGGUGAGGGCAAAGAAGAGACUGGUGGAGAUCUUCCAAACAGCUACUGCACGAUCCUGUUCAACGACGAGCUAGUCUACCGAACCCGUGCAAAGGCUGUCUCGUCCCAGCCAAUCUUCAACGCAGGUACAGAACGAUUCAUUCGUGAUUGGCGAUCAGCCAUUAUCACGGUUACAGUGCGCGAUCAAAGGCAUAGGGAGCAUGACCCUAUUUUGGGCGUAGUCCCACUGAAACUGUCUGACAUUCUCGAGACAUCCUCCCAAGUCACACGCUGGUAUCCGCUCGAUGGCGGUAUCGGGUUUGGUCGUAUACGAAUUUCUCUCUUGUUCCGCAGCAUUGAAACCCGUCUACCCCCUCAGAUGCUUGGUUGGGAUGUUGGCACCUUUGAAUUCCGGUCUCAGCGUAUCCUGGCUCUGGGUUACAAUCAUCACCCCAAGAUCAAAUUGCGAACUGGUGGAAGUACUGGCAAGUUGAGUCGCACCGCUGCUCACAAGCUCCAAGAAGGCGAUGGCUACUACUGGGACCUAGAGGAGGGCAAUGGAAAGUACAACGUCCGGCUACCAGUAAAGCACCGUUAUAGGUCACCAAUCGUUUUUGAGUUCCACAUCAGCAAUCAUCGCAAGGCGGAUGCGUACGCAGUCAUUUGGCUUCAGCACUUCAUCGACAACGAAGACGCAGACAUCAAUAUCCCGAUCUGGAAGACUGCUGCUCCUGCUCGACUUACGCAGAACUACAUCACUGAAGAAAACUGCCACAAGGAACCAGGUCUCGACGAUCUUCAGGAAGUUGGUCGUCUACAGUUCCGUGCGCGCUUCAAGGCUGGAACGGACGAAUCGCACGCUGCUUUCAUCACCGAUAAUGAUACACGCGAGACUUUCGAAACUUGGGAGUCAUGUGUUACGGAGGGCGUGCGAAACCACAAGGUAGAGAAGGAGAUACCCGAUCGUGUGCAAGAACUACAUGAGCAAUCAUUGACCACCGGUCGUGAUAUUCUGAAGAAUGCGAGCGAAGAAGAGAAGCGUAGGUGGCUCGCAAAGGACGGACAGGACUGGUCCGGUGCUUUCGGAGAUAAUCCCAAAGCCUACAUGAACACGAGACGUCAGAAGAGACGCGAACCGGGCGUCGAUGAACCCUUACACGACCGUCAUCAUCCAUCCGACAACGAGGAUAAUGAUGACUCUGACGACGACUACGGCGAAGACUCUUCGUCAUCCGACAUUGGUGUCGAAGAUGCCGAUACCGUUGGCAGCGCAAAACAGAUGAGUGGCGGCAUGGGCGGAGGUGACCAGAGCAAAACCAAUGGCCAGCUGAAGUCACAGAAGACCGAUCUAUCACCCACGGAUGAUCACCACCCUCGCCAGUCAAUGUCUACAGUCCAAACGAGCACCACGUCUGAGACGGAUGAUACCUCAUCGAGUAAGGAUGUCAACAAGCAGAACAAGAGAACUGAAGAGAGGAAACAUCGUGGACUGAUGCAGUGGAAGCCCGCGCGGAACGCAAAGUUCGCGAAGGAUGAAGCUAAGAUCGGGCUGGCUAAGCUUAAGAAGAAGGUUACUGGAGGUUUAGAUGGAAGGCAACCUGGUGUUGAGACUGAAACUGGAUGA